AUUCUAUCUUAUAGACCUAAACGUAUCGUAUAAGCAAAAGAAGCAAGGAGCUUUCAUUUCCACUUUCUUUCUCGCUUUUGUUCUCUGAAAUUUCGAGGGUUUCGUUAUUUCAUCGUUCGGUGAAUCAUCAAUUCGGUACCAAAUUACGCAUUAACAAUGUUUCGAUUCUGGGGAUCACAAGAGCAACAAUCGCAGGAUGGUUCUUCAUCACAGUCAUGGUAUCCACAAUCUGUGAUGAGUUCAUCGAGUUCUUCAAGGCCUGGUACACCUGCUUCAUCUUCCGGUUCACCGAGACAUUCGACUAGUCAUGUUCCGCCGGCAGAAGCUGCCGGAACUAUUGCUUCUUUGAGGGACAAGAGUGUUGAUGAGUUAAGGAAGCUUUUAUCUGAUAAAGAUGCGUAUCAACAGUUUCUAAAUUCACUUGACCAGGUCAAGAUUCAAACCAAUUUGAAAGAUGAACUUUCCAAGGAGAAUUUGCAGCUUGCAGAGGAGAAUCUACUAAAGGAACCACGUAUGGUGGAACUUAGGAAUCAGUGUAGAAUAAUCCGGACAACCGAAUUAGCUACUGCUAUUGAGAAACUAAAUGAGCUUGAGAAGCAGAAAGAAGAAAUGUUGAAGUUAAAUUCCCCUGCAUCCCUUCUCCAAAGGAUUCAAGAGUCUGUGAACCAGACAGAUGAGGAAUCUGAAAAUCUGCACCAGCAACUCCUUGACAGAGAGGUUGACCUUGCAGCAUUUUUGCAGAAAUACAAGAAGCUACGCACCACUUACCACAAGAAAACUCUUAUACAUCUUGCUGCUAAAACAUCAAAUAUAUGAUGAACCUUGACAUAUGGAAUAUGAAAAACAAUAAUGUAAACUAAUUGUAUAAGUUGCACUCGUGUGGAUAGAGCUAUCUUUGUUGAAUGAUUAGCAUUUAUAUGUACAGCUUGAAAAUUGAGGUUGUUCUCUGUAGCGACUUGUAUUUACAAGUCAUAAAUGUCUGUUUUCACUAUCAAGUAUGCGCCAUCUUUAGAAGAGGUGCGGACUUAUCUGCCCCUUCGUUUAGGUUUUGAGUUUACUACCUUCAGCGAUAUUUUUCUAGAAGUAUAUGAUUGCCUAUGCUAUCAUCAUCGGCACUAUUAUAAGACUUGUUUUUGUUUUGUAAAAUGCAUAUAAAUGCUUUAUUUAUUUUGG